AUGCCGGCUGAGGACGCGAAGAGAGAAGAAGGCGCUGCGCCUGAGGUGGCUGGAUCCGACGGCGCCGCCGGAGCUGAGGGCGCGCUGUCCAAGAAGGCCCAGAAGAAAGCGGAAAAAGGAGCUGCGAAGGAAGCCGCCAAGGCAGCGAAGCGCGAGGCUGUCGAGGCGGAGCAGCGUGCGGCGCAGGCUGUGCUGAACAAGAAGGUGGAGAACGUUGAGGAAGAUGUUUUCGGUUACUUGCCGGUCAUCGACUCCAGCUUCAAGACCUCCCGCGUCUGGAUCCCCAUCUCCGAGCUUCACAACCACGUCGGGGAGACUGUGUGGCUUCGCGCCCGCAUUCAGGAGUCCCGCGGCAAAGGAAGCGUCGCGUUUUUGAUGCUGCGCGAGGGGCGGCAGACCGUGCAAGCUGUGCUGGACGCGAAACGAGGCAACACGAAGGACAUGAUCAAAUGGACGACGAGCGUGCCGCUGGAGUCCAUCGUGGACAUUCAGGGCGAAGUCGUCAAGCCGGAAGUCGAGAUCCAGUCGACUACGCAGAAAACUGUCGAGCUCCUCACCAAGAAGCUCUUCUGCGUCAGCAAAGCCGCCCAGGAACUCCCCUUCCAACUCCGAGACGCCAUGCGCCCCGAAGAUGGCACAGAGGGAGGCAUUCGCGUGAACCUUGACACGCGUCUGGACAAUCGUAUCUUGGAUCUGCGCACACCGGUGAACCAGGCGAUCUUCCGCAUCCAGUCGCAGACCGUGCAGCUAUUCCGCGAGUUCCUGAUCUCCAACAGAUUCGUCGAGAUCCACUCGCCCAAACUGAUUGGGGGUGCCAGCGAGGGCGGAGCCUCUUGCUUCACGCUCAAGUACUUCAAUCGCGACGCGUGCCUCGCGCAGUCUCCUCAGCUCUACAAGCAAAUGGCCAUGGCCGCUGACUUCGAGCGAGUCUUUGAAAUCGGCCCGGUCUUCCGCGCGGAGAACAGCAACACGCAUCGCCACAUGUGCGAGUUCACCGGCCUCGAUUUGGAAAUGACGUUCAAGGAGCACUACUCGGAGGUUUUGGAUCUGCUAGACGAUCUCUUCAAAUUCAUCUUCAAGGGACUCUCUGAACGAUGCAAACGUGAAAUCGACAUGUUCCACCAGCAGUAUCCGGCCGAGCCGUUCACGUGGAUCGAGGAGACGCCGCGGCUGCCCUUCGCGGAGGGCGUGCAGAUGCUGCGCGACGCAGGCUGCCCAAACAUUCCCGACGACAUCUCCGAGUUCGACUUGAGCACGGAGCAAGAGAAAAUGCUAGGCAGACUCGUCAAGGAAAAAUACAAAACCGACUUCUACAUGCUCAUUCAGUACCCGCUCAAAGUGCGCCCGUUCUACACCAUGCCCGACCCCACGAACAAGACCUUCUCGAACUCGUACGACUUCUUCAUGCGCAACGAGGAAAUCAUCAGCGGCGCGCAGCGCGUCCACGACCCAGAACUUCUCACGCAACGCUGCAUCGAAUGCGGAGUGCCUCCCAACUCGAUCCAGACGUACAUCGACUCCUUCCGCCUCGGCACGGCGCCCCACGGCGGUGCUGGAAUCGGACUUGAGCGCGUUGUCAUGCUUUUCUUGGGCGCUAAAAACAUUCGUCAAGUUUCCUUGUUCCCGCGCGACCCCAAGCGCUUGACGCCGUAA